GUUGAAGUUCUUUUGAGAAACGUAGCGCGGCGACCGUCGGUGAGAGAAAUUAGUUGCAAUCUCAUCAUACUUUUAAAUUAAACUGACUGGAAAGUAGGAAUCUGGAUACUGUUUUCCAAGAAAAAAACCAUUAGUUUGGAACUGGAGGAUUUCUUUGCAUCAGACAGUAAGAUGAAAGAAUCAACAACAGAUGGUGAAUGUGACAAGGCAGUGGCGCCACAACUGAAGAGGCUAGAUGAAAUUAAGGCAGAACCUGACAAUGCUCAGGAGUAUUGUCAAGCCCAACAGCCCAAAACUCAGGAGAAUGACCUGAAAAUAAACACUACGUUUUCAGACAAUGCUUCUCCGAUGACUACAGGCAUUCAGCUUUCUCUGGCAUCAUCUGGCAUGAAUAAGAUGCUUCCCUCAGUUUCAACCACAGCUAUUCAGGUUUCCUGUUCUGGCUGUAAAAAAAUUCUUCAAAAGGGGCAAACUGCUUAUCAGAGGAAAGGGUCUACUCAGCUUUUCUGCUCCACACCGUGCAUCACUGAAUACAUUUCAUCUCUCAAUUCACCAGCUCUUCCGAAGAGAACUUGUUCAAACUGCUCAAAAGACAUUGUAAAUCUAAAGGAUGUGAUCAGUAUGCAGCUGGAAGAUACUACCACUAGCAAAACUUUUUGCAGCCAAUCUUGUCUUUCAUCAUAUGAAGAAAAAAGAAAACCAUUUGAUACCAUAUGUACUAAUAGCAUUCCAGCCAAGUGCAGCAUGUGUCAGAAGACUACUGUUAUUCAGUAUGAAGUAAAAUACCAGAACAUGAAACGUAGUCUUUGCAGUAAUGCCUGUUUUUCAAAGUUUCACUCUGCUAACAACCUCAUCAUGAACUGUUGUGAGAACUGUGGAGCUUACUGUUCCACUAGCUCUAGUCUGUUCCAUAUACUUCACAUGGAAGCACAGUCUCAUUACUUUAAUAGUUCAAAGCGUAUUACAGCAUAUAAGCAGAAACCAGCCAAAACACUUACAUCUGUUCUUUGCAAAUCACUGAAACCCUCAGACGAAAUGAUUGAGACUACCAAUGACUCGGGGAAGACAGAGCUUUUCUGCUCUGUUCAUUGUUUCUCUGCUUACAGUAAAGCUAAGAUGGAAUCUUCUACAGUAAAUGUUUCCAUGGUGCAUGAUGCUUCAACAGAUCUCCUUUCUCCGAAGAAAGAUACAACUCCAGUUAUAAGCAAUAUAGUGUCAUUGGCAGAUACUCAUGAAGCCCUGCCCGUCAUGAACUCUGAUGUAUUACAAGGUACAGUUUCUUCAGUAACAGCAAAUGUUGAGGAUAUUUCUAAGACUUCACCCAGUGAAUCAAGUAAUGGUGUUGCUAAUAGUAAUGUGGAACAGCCAAGCCUUGCACCAUCUUCAUCAGUACUCAGUCAGCAUACAACUGGCUCCAGUGUAGAAGUACAAAAAGAUCAUGUGUCAAACCAAGAUGCUACAAACAGUAUGAAAUCCAUGAAAAUAAGAGAUGGACUACGUCACCCAAAAUUUACAUCCAAAGUACAAAAAGUUAAAGGUCAUGGAUGAAAAUCAGUGGGACGUCUGAUGGCCUUGAGAAUAGAUCUCCCAAAUCAACAGGUUUCCACUGGAAAGCAUGGCUGGCCAAUUUGAAAACUGCAGCCAAAAAGUGACCUGGAGAUGCCAAUUUGCAGGUGAGUUAAGGGGACUGUGCUAAAUUCCAAAUUUGUUGGAGUAAUCUAGGUCCUUAUGGGCUCUUGAAACUAACAAAUGUAAGCUUCAUUCCAAAACAGAACCCUUUCAAGGAGAAACUGCUGGCUGUAUACACCAAAUUCUGCAGGACAGGGACAAUAGGGUCAAAGGAAAGACAGUGUAUGGUGUGAAGUGAGGGAGAGAGGCAAAGGAAGCAGGUCUCAGAACUAGGUCAUUUAUUUUAGUCACUUUGUGAAAAUAACAGUAUUUCAUGAACCUUGAAGACGGAAAAGUUAAUUCUGUCUCAAAAGUACAGGUAAAUGUUUCACUUAAAACUUAGCAACAGAAAAGAAUUGUGAAAUAUACAAAAUUAUAAGAAUAAAGAACAGUAAAUCCUUACAAAACAAAAACCUGUUUCAAACCAAGCUAAAAGAAAUUAAAUGAUAAAAGCUAUAAAAGAACUAUAAACAAGAAUUAGAAAAACUCAGAUGAGUGGAUAAAAGAAAGGUUUAAAAAGAUAAAUGACAAGAAUUCAGGAAAGCAUUAGAAAUUAAAAGAAAUAAAAGUCACUGUAAAAGUGAAAACUAAUCUAGAAGGAACUCAAAAGUGAAUAAACAAUGGAUAAUCCCUAAGAGAAAUAGAGGGUGGAAAUGGAAAGAAGGAAAAUGUUUUAAAUCAAGAGAAGAGUGAUAUCACAUAUUGAAAACCUGAUAUCCAUAUAAAUAGAGUCUGCAAAGAAAUCCAAAGCAAUGGGAAAGAGCAAAUACUAAAAACUAUGUGCCAGUUAUUAUGCUAUUUUCUAUGCACCCACCCCUCUAUACUCGGCUUUGUGGUGAUCAUUUCUGCUUUAGCAGGAUUUAUGUUAGCCUCUGCCAAUAGGAGUCACUAGAGGGAGACUGCAAGUCUGAAGGAAAGGAUUUGUUCCAUCCUGUCUACUUUCUGUGAGCUUUAUGUCUGCUUGUGGUUCUUGUGAGCAUUAUGCCAGCAAUGCUGUUUUCAUCCAGCACUUCCUUCCCUAGCAGCAGCUGAAUGUGGUUGCAGUUUCUAUUACACUUGCAGAAGCCUUAUCGUCAUGCUUCCUUCUGUCAGAGACACCUGCAGCCCCUCUUCAGGGAUCUAGGUCUUAGGCCCAAGCUCAGAGACCAGCACCAGCAUCAUCCCUCCUCAGAGCUGUAACUUCCAGCUCCAUGAGGCCCCUCUAAAUUUAAAUUCCUAUCUCCUUUCUUUGUUCUCUCAUCUCAGGAUAUUAGCUGCUACCUCCAUGACAUCUUGAUGUUCUCUUUAUCCUUUCAGUAACUUAGUUGACUUUAUACUUAACGUGUUUUUACAUUCUCUCUGUUCAGAUAACUAGUAUGGCUUCUGCUUCCUGACUGAACCCUGGCUGAUGCACUGAAUUCAAGAGAACUUGCUUGAAAUUAGAAAGACUUUAUGUAUUGAAAAGACACACUGUGCACCUAGGAACACUGACCCAGGAUGGUCAGUGCUGAGUAAUGGCCUAAAAAAAGAAUGAAAAAAUUUUUAAAGGGUUUUUUGAAGAAAAAGUCCUUUGAGAGUCCAUGCCAAAAAAAAAAAAAAAAAAGCAGGUAUAGGGAAGGUAAAUCCGAUUAUUUUCACACUUUUCCAUAAUGACACUCUAUGCCAAAAGACAAUGAAGUAAUGUGAACUUAGGAUUUUAUAUCCAACCAAAUGGACUUUAAAGCGUAAGAGUCACAGGCUAUCAUCAAUAUGCAAAUUCAUGGAACAUUGUUUCCAUGACCCCUACCUGAGGAAUGUAUUAGAAUAGGGUUCAGAUAACCAGAUUGACUGAGAGGCACUGAUGUAGAGCAUGGUAAAGUUUUGCAAGUAUUAAAUGACGAAUAAAAUUAAAAUAGUACCUUGUUUAAUUAAUGCAUCUAGGCAGUGAUCAUCAUUGGCUGCUAACAUCACUAAUACAGCCAGACAUUGUGUACUUCUAAUAGACAUAUUCACCAGCUGAGAUAUGCAUCCUUCUCAGAGGUCUGAAUUUAAGGACUCUUCUUCCAGGCUUCUAAGUAUUAAUAAUUCCAACUUCUCUUUUUUCUCCCAGUCCUAGCAGCUUCCUACAGUUGCUGCUGCUGUAAUACCUUAGUGCUCUAGCCUUUCUAGUUCUAUAGUUCAAACAACAUGUGGUUCCAGUCUCCUGGCUGGACUUUGACUGAUAUAGCACUACCUAUGAAGUAAUCUUGCCAAAUAAUUUGAUCUUGAAUCUUAUCAAGACCCUAGAUCUAGCUGCAUGUUUACUGGAAAUACAGUGGGUCAGAGGAACAUAUUAAACAACAUCAAUGGGAUUAACCAGCAAAAUCCAAAUGCUAGGAGACUGCACAGGAUAAACAAAAAACUUUAACAAAAACUUACAAGGAAAACAUAAGAUGGCAGAGAAUCCUAUAGAUUAAAGAAGUAGGAGUCAUGUCAAUGAAUUGCAGUGUGUAAACCAUGUUUAGAUCUUUAAGCAACUGUGAACAAUGGAUAUUUGUAAUGACGUUGUGGUUAUGUGUUUUUUUUUAAGUCACUUUUAGGGACUUCCCUGGUGGUGCAGUGGUUAAGAAUCUGCCUGCCGAUGCAGGGGACACAGGUUCGAGUCCUGGUCCGGGAAGAUCCCACAUGCCGCGGAGCAACUAAGCCCGUGCGCCACAACUAAUGAGCCUGCGUUCUAGAGCCCACAAGCCACAACUACUGAGUCUGCGUGCCACAGCUACUGAAGCCCGCGUGCCUAGAGCCCAUGCUCUGCACCAAAGAGAAACCACUGCAAUGAGAAGCCAACACACCACAACGAAGAGUAGACCCCUUGCCACAACUAGAGAAAGCCCGGGUGCAGCAACGAAGACCCAACGCAGCCAAUAAAUAAAAAGUCACUUUUAGACAAAAAUACUUCAGGAAUUAGUGGAUGAAAUUACAUGAAAUCUAGGGCUUCAGAAUAAUAACGGGAGGGGGGGGAGUACUUGAGGGUCAAGAUGAAACAAGAUUGUCCGUGAUUUCAUAGUUGUUGAAUCUAGGUGGUAGGUACAUAGGGAUUCAUUGUAUUGUUACUCAGCUUUCUUUUUUGGCUGCAUUGGGUCUUCAUUGCUGCGCACGGACUUUCUCUAAUUGUGGUGAGCGGGGGCUACUCUUCAUUGCGGUGAGCGGGCUUCUCCCUGUAGUGGCUUCUUUUGUUGCGGAGCAUGGGGUUUUGGUGCACGGGCCUCAGUGGUUGUGGCUCACAGGCUCUAGAGCACAGGUUUAGUAGUUGUGGCGCACAGGCUUAGCUACUACGCGGCACGUGGCAUCUUCCCGGACCAAGGCUCGAACCCGUGUCCCCUUCAUUGGCAGGCGGAUUCUUAACCACUGCGCCACCAGGGAAGUCCCUGUUACUGAGCUUUUACAUGUGAAGUUUUCUAUUAUAAAAAUUUUUUUAAGUGAUGCACUAUUACCCAUUCCAGUUCAUCUCAAGAAUGUAAAGGUGUUUCAAUAUUAGGAAAUUUAUUUAUGAAAUGCAACAAAAUAUAUCAAAUUAAGAAAAUGAUAUCAAUAUAUACAAUAAAAGCAUUGAUAAAGCUUUAACUUUUGUGCCUGAUUUUUAAAACCUUGGUAAAAUUAGAAUUAAAGGUUUUUUCUGUUAACAAUAAAAUGUUGGUAAUAUAUUUAUUAAUGUGUAUGUAUAGACCUAGACAAUAGUAUGUAUAACAUCAUGCUUAAAGGUGAAAUACUGGGAGCACUACCACAAAAGUAUCAGAAACAAGACAUAGAUACUAUCAACCAUCUUAUGUAACACUUUUAAAUUAAGAUAUUUUUAGAUAAAGUAGCAAGAAAUAAUACAGAAGGAUCUCAUAUAUCGUUCACCCAGCUUCCCCCUAUGGUAACAUCUUGCAUAACUAUAAUACAGUAUCACAACAGGAAUUUAAACAUUGAUACCAUCCACUGAUCUUAUUCAGAUUCACCAGUUUUACAUGUACUCGUGUACUUGUGUUUACUUUUAUGCAGUUUUAUCAUGUAUGGAUUUAUGUAAUCACCACUAUAGUCAAGAUACGAAACAAUUCCACCAACACAGUGCUCCCUUGUGAUACUUUUAUAAGUACACCAACCUUCCUCUCUCCCUUCUAUCCCUAACCAUUGGCAACUACUAAUCUAUACUCCAUCUCUAUAAUUUUGUCUUUUCAAGAAUGAAUGGAAUCAUAGAGCAUAUAGCCUUUUGGGACUGCUUUUUUCACUCAGCAUAAUACCCUUAAAAUCUACCCAAGUUGUUAACGUGUCUAAAUAGUCCACUCCUGUUUGUCCCUGAAUAAUGUUAUUGAUGUACUUGUUUAACAGUUCACUAUUUU